ACUCGAUGCCUUCCGUUCAAAUACACAUGCGCAGUCCGUUGUUCUACUCUGGACAGCUGUAGGAGAAAAUGGCAGCAUUCAUGCUAGGACAGCAGGCCCGCCAGUUCAGCACGUCUGUGGUCAGACCUGUAUCAAAACUGGUGAAGCCUCCAAUCCAGGUUUAUGGAGUCGAGGGCCGUUAUGCCACUGCUCUGUUCUCAGCUGCCAGUAAGCAGAAAAAACUGGACCAAGUGGAGCAGGAGUUGGGGAAAGUGUCUGCCCUGAUUAAAGACCCCAAAAUUUCUGGUGUUGUGAUGAACCCUCAUGUAAAGCGCAGCCUCAAGCUGAAAGCCUUCAACGACGUUCUUACAAAGGCUAAGGUUUCACCCAUCACCAUCAACCUCAUCAAUGUUUUGGCUGACAAUGGUCGUCUCACUCUAACUGGUGAUGUUAUCAGUGCUUUUGGAAAGAUGAUGAGUGCACACCGUGGAGAGGUCAUCUGCUCAGUCACCACUGCUCAGCCUUUGGAUGGAGCUAGUCUGGCUGACCUGAAAGUAGCUCUUAACGGCUUUCUUCAAAAGGGUGAAACUAUCAAGCUGGAAACAAAGUCAGAUCCUUCAAUCCUGGGUGGCAUGAUCGUCAGUAUCGGAGACAAGUAUGUGGACAUGUCCACCAAAACAAAGAUCCAGAAGCUGACCAAGCUCAUCAAGGAAGCUUAAGUCCUGUGGACUUAAUUUUGAAAACACGACCAUCGGGCUUAUAAAUGUAUAUUGCUACCUGCUCUGGCACUGUGGUUGCUCCAUAAAUCCAGUGUUUGUGCUCAAGUUCAUAUAGAUGUUAAUAAAAACUACAAAAAUUGA